AAUGCAAAGUCAGAGCCGUUCGGAGUGAAGCUUUGUUACUUCUCUCAGGAAUUCAAGAACAUUCAGAAUUAGUAGAUGUUGAAGAGAAUCUAGAUAACUUUAUUAAAUUGAACGCAAUUUGCUAAUGCUUGUGAAUCAAUAAGUUUAAUUUAGUGCAUAAAUAAAAUGUUGCGUUCUAUCAUUUUUCUACUUUUCCUUGCAAUUGCUGCAAAUGGAGAUUUACUCAGGAUUCCAGUAUACAAGGCAGAAACUCCUCGAAGAUUUCUGCAAAAAGUUGGAACUGACCUCAGUAUAGUUCGAAUGCGUUAUGGAGGUGGUCUUGCACCAGAACCACUGUCCAAUUAUUUAGAUGCUCAAUAUUAUGGAGUCAUUACAAUGGGAACUCCACCGCAGAAAUUUAGUGUUCUUUUUGACACUGGUUCGUCAAAUCUUUGGGUACCAUCCAAGAAAUGUCAUGUUACAAACAUUGCUUGCUUGCUUCAUAAUAAAUAUAACAGUAAAUCAUCCAAAACUUAUGUUGCAAAUGGAACUGAUUUCGCCAUUCAAUAUGGAAGUGGAAGCCUUUCAGGUUUCUUAUCAACAGACACUAUUAAUGUAGCUGGAGUUGAUAUUUUAAAUCAAACGUUCGCCGAAGCAAUGAGUGAACCUGGAUUGGCAUUUGUUGCUGCUAAAUUCGAUGGUGUUUUGGGUAUGGGAUACUCGAGAAUUUCAGUCGAUGGUGUAGUUCCAGUUUUCGACAAUAUGGUUAAACAGGGUUUAGUUAAGGAUCCAAUUUUCAGUUUCUAUCUCAACAGAGAUCCAUCAGCUGAAAUUGGAGGUGAAAUGAUUUUGGGAGGUUCUGAUCCUGAUCAUUAUGACGGUGAAUUUACUUAUGUACCAGUCGAUCGUAAAGCCUACUGGCAAUUCAAAAUGGACAAAGUAAUGAUCGGAGAAAAGGCAUUUUGUGAAAAUGGAUGUGAAGCUAUUGCCGAUACUGGCACUUCUCUCAUCGCUGGACCUGUUGAUGAAAUUAAGAAGAUCAAUCAAAACAUUGGCGCCACACAAAUUGUCGGCGGCGAAUGGAUUGUCAACUGUAACAUGAUUCCAAAUUUACCAGAAAUCGAAUUCAUAUUUGCUGGCAAAAAGUUUUCUUUGAAGGGAGAUGACUACAUUCUAAAAGUAUCUCAAUUCGGUAAGACAGUGUGUCUCAGUGGAUUUAUGGGAAUUGACAUUCCUCCUCCAAAUGGACCACUAUGGAUCUUGGGAGACGUUUUCAUUGGUCGUUUCUACACUGAAUUCGACAUGGGCAAUGAUCGUAUCGGCUUUGCAGUUGCCAAAUAAAUUACGUCAUUUUUUUUUCUAAACUACUGUUAACGAUGAGGCUUAAUUUUACCAAUUUUUAAAUCAUUGUGAUUUAUGUUUGCCUUUAGAAAUUAUUAUUAAGCAAUCAUGCGUUUAUUCCAUUUGAAAAGUGAUAUUUGACUAUUAUACUCGUAAAUGAAUUUAUCAUAGUUUGUAUAUUAUGAUUUACGAACAAAUUUUUUUUGCCACUGAACAAUAAAUAUUUUUUACCAUUA